AUGAAAAUCACCGAACCGAAAACGGAUGAGGUGAAAGAAACACCAAACGAAGAAGCAGAAAAAGUCCCUCUCUAUGGCACGUUACAAUGGAUAUACUACUGGAGUGACUUCGAAGGUCUCCUCCCAACCCCCAUCAAUGUUUCCAUAACUGGCUCCAUACCAUAUACAUGCCCUGAAUUAAAAUGGUACAACUUUGAUGUUUUCCCCCAUAAGGUUAAGCUUUCAAACACUGGAUAUACAGUCCUCAUUGGAGCGAAAUGGAAAGCAGAGCGACCGUACUUAGAAGGUGGACCGUUCCAAGACAAGCACAUCUUUUCGCAAAUUCAUUUCCACUGGGGAGCUGACAUGAUGGAGGGCAGUGACCACACAGUCGACGAUAGAAGGUAUCCUGGUGAAAUGCAGGUAACGUUCUUCCGAUCUGAGUACAUGACGCAGGAGGAAGCUCUGCGUCACCCCGACGGAGUUGUAAUGAUAUGCUAUUUGAUAAAGUACGGAGUGAAUCCUGACAAACAUUUAAGCUGGGUAGUUGAAGGAUUCUCAAGGAUUCAGGAAGCUAAGACGAGUACCCGCAUAGGUCCGGAGCCACUGUCACACCUACUGCCAAUGUUUUACGAAGAUUACUUUUUGUAUUGGGGCGAGCUGAGAACUGUCAAGGGGGACAGCUUUGUGGUCCGCUGGCUGGUGCCGAGGGCUUGCUUGUUUGCUUCGUUUGAUCAGAUGAACGAAUUCCGUCAGCUCUGGGACCCGUGGGACGAACCUAAUCUCCGUAAUUUCAGGCCACUCCAACAAAACGAAAACAGACACGUUUUUUUUGUGAAUUCACACUGGAGCUUGUACAAUACUCUACUGCCGCUACCGAGGGUACCUGAACCUUCAAUAUCAGCUCUUUCACCUGCCUAUGAAAACAAUUUAAGUUUGCUUCCACCACAAAAUGCCUAUAUGCUACCAGAAGAAUCUGAAGAAUGUGAAGAAAAGCUGUAG